CGCGUGGUGUGUGACGUCCUUAAGACGGUUGUAAAAUCGCUUACAACUCCAGUAAAGGUCCGAUUACAAUGCCGACGUUUAGACGCUGCCUUCUAGUGGCUGUGGUAUCAUCUUGGUCGCUGGUCUUUGGGCAGUUUUACAGUAUAAAUUUAGGCCCGGAUGAAGACACGCUACUGGCUCAACCCGUACCAUCGCCCCCGACCGGUGGACCCGUGCAGGAAGUGAGACCUAAAAUCACACCGUUGGACGCGAUGAUCGAUAAAACGAACCAUCUCGGAUUCCGCGUUUUGUAUUUACACUCGAAGGGGAAUAAGAACAACAUUGCCUUCUCGCCAUGUGCUUUGGCUAGUAUUUUGGUUGCGCUGUACGAGGGUGCCGAUGGGAAGAGUGCCUCCGAAAUACACGAGAAUCUAGUGCUGCCGUAUGAUAAGGACAUUCUACGGGUAGGCUAUCGGGACAUUCAUCGCAGGUUGAGGAGUUAUUUCUAUCGAAAGGAAAACCUGCUCAGCGGGCUUAGUUUGAGCAGUGAAAAUAUUACCAUACGCCCGGAGUACGAGUCCAUUCUCAAAUUCUACGGCUACGAUCUGGAAAACAUUCCCGAAAUGAAAAUGCAAACUACCACAACAACCGCGACUCCUCCCACCUACCCAGACUCAAUGGACAUGAGCACCUUUACUAGUGACUAUGAAAUGACAUCCAGCAGUGAGGAGAACCAAUCCACCACCGAAUCCGCACCAACAACCGUUGAAUUAUCCAUGGGAACUUCGGAGCAGGUAGAAGAACAAGAAGAGCGCGAGGAGGAAGAAUCAACAACUGCAGAAGAGAAAGAAACGACUGUAGAAGUGGAAAAAACGACUGUACAAGCAAAAGAAACGACCGUAGAAGUGAUACAAACAACUGAAGGUGAGACGGAAACAAGCACUACUACCGAACAGGCGAACGAAACAGAAUCUACAACCGAAAGUGAGACAUCGGAGGCUAGUACUACCGACGAGCAGUCAGAAGCAACACCGACAGAAGAAUCCUCCGAAGGUGGGGAGAAACGUCGUCGAAAUCUGCGGAAACGUGGCCAAAAAUCAAACCAAAUGGCGCGUCGCCAGUCUCAUCCUAACCUUCGAAAAAGGAUCUUACGAAGUAAGCGUAACCCGGAAGAGAUUGAUGUGAUAGGUCAUCAACGCUUUCUGCAAAACUUUUUGCUCCAAGAUGUUACGACAUCAUCGCCGUUCGCAGCAUUUCCCGCCUUCUCGGAACGCGUCAAUCAAUUUCAGCAGGAUCGGCUGCUCGAUGAUACUAUCGAACACAACUUUUUUCUAAGCGAAGUGGAAACGGUCAAGGUGCCAUACAAAAUUUACAACACAAUACUCAAGUAUGCUUAUAUUGAGCGGUUGCACUCAACGGUUUUGGAACUUGAAUUAGAUUCCGAUGACUACAAGCUGAUUAUUAUCCUGCCAGAUUACGAGUUCGGAUUAGGAAAUUUAAUGAAGUUGCUGCAGAUUGGGGAGAAUGUUCCUAACCUGAGGGAUAUCGUCAAGCAGAUGACGCCAUCGUGGGUAAAAACAAUCGUUCCUAAAUUCACUCUGAAAGGAAAUAUUAUCCUAACUAGUGAUCUUCAGAAUAUGGGUAUCAACGACAUUUUCGAACCAACGCGUGCCGAUUUCACGCCCAUGACGGAAGAUUCUUUGAUCUACGCCAAACACAUCGAACAGUCGAUCAACAUCAACAUCCGAACGCAGUCGCUACAGCAACUCAAAAGAUUCACAUCACUGUACAAGAAUCCAAUCGAACUGGCCAUCAACUACCCAUUUCUCUUCUGUAUUCUGGACAAAGAAAUGGACUUGGCUCUCAUAACCGGUCGAAUAUUGAACCCACUAAAUUCCCGAAUCCAUUAAAGAAUUUAAUUUAUUGCACAUA